CUCGACCGUCCCAUCGUAAAGAGUUUGCCGAAUCGAAGUAAAACGUGUUGUUGCUGCUCCAACAUUCAAACGUUUUCAUUAUAAACUACAUUGAAUAUAUGAUUAUUGUGUCUUGAAAUCGUUGAUUUGUCUUUUCUUAACCAUGUCUACAGCUAGAAUAAAGAAACCUACAACGCGCCGUGGGAAGCGAUUUUUAGAUGAACGGGAGCCGAAAACAAUCGAAAAUCCCAAGAAAACUUUGAUAAUGGAAGGCCGCAAAUGUUCCAACGAAAUUCGUCAAGCACUGAAAGAUUUGUACCUGUUCAAGAAACCACUGGCUAGUCUUAUGAGGCGAAAUAACGACGUGACUCUUUUCGAAGAUGCGACUCCACUGGAACAAUUAGCGAAAUCAAAUGACUGUCAGUUGUUUAUGUUCGGAUCGUCCUCAAAGAAGCGUCCAAAUAAUCUGGUUUUGGGUCGAAUUUAUGACGAGCAUAUAUUGGACAUGGUUGAGCUAGGCAUCAAAGAGUACAAAAGUUUGCAGGAUUUUAAGAACGAAAAAAUUUCUGCUUUCGUGAAACCAGCAAUCAUUUUCAAUGGGUAUAAGUGGAAACUGACCGAAGAACUGCGCCGUCUUCGUAGUCUCUUGCUCGAUUUGUUCCACAUAGAUAAUGUGGAUUCCAUUCGUUUGCAGGGACUGGAACAUGUACUGAGCUUUACCAUCACUGAGGAUCUAACAGUUAUGAUGCGUUCGUAUCGGAUCAUGCUGAAAAAGAGUGGUCAGCGAACACCGCGUAUCGAGCUGGUUGAAAUGGGUCCGUCGAUGGAUUUAACGAUUCGGCGCAUGAAAAUAGCUUCGGACGAUCUGUACAAGACAGCGAUGAAGCAGCCAGCGAUUUUGAAGGUGGCCAAACGAAAGAACGUCAACCGAGAUGAACUGGGUAAUGUCCACGGAAGAGUACACGUUGGAAAGCAGGACAUCAAUGCUAUCCAGACAAGGAAAAUGAAGGGUCUGAAAAAGUCGGCGGAAGAAAAGAAAACAGAUCGAGCCGCUAAGAAGCGGAGGAUGGCCAGUGGUUCGGAGGGUGAAGCAUCCGAUCGCGAAUACCAUGAUGAUGGUGAAGCUGCCGAAAACAGUGCGGAUAGGCUAGGUAUGGCUUUAGAUAGUGAGGGCGAGUGAUCAUUUAUAUGAAAUAUGAAUAAAAAUACAUGUAGGUAUAUUAA